GGAUGCAGAGAUGGCAGAGCUGAGCAGGCAGUGAGGUCAGAGUGUCUGUGAGGUCGGCUGCUGCCCAGGGCUGGCCUGGGGUCCUGGUGCCCACAGUAGGUGGGUGUGAGGAGAUCAGGAGUCCUUCUGGGUCCCCCAGCCUGAGCCAUGGAGAUCUGGGAGGGACUACCCAGCAUGUCCUUGGUGCCCACAAAUUCCAAGGCCCCACAGGCGAAGAUGUCGGCCCAGGACAGCUGCCUCAGCCUCAUCAAGUACCUCCUCUUCGUUUUCAACCUCUUCUUCUUCGUCCUAGGCAGCCUUAUUUUCUGCUUUGGCAUCUGGAUACUCAUUGACAAGACCAGCUUCGUGUCCUUUGUAGGUUUGUCCUUCAUACCCCUGCAGAUCUGGUCCAAGGCCCUGGCGAUCUCAGGAAUUCUCACUAUGGGCCUUGCCCUCCUGGGCUGUGUGGGGGCUCUGAAGGAGCUCCGCUGCCUCCUGGGGCUGUAUUUUGGGGUACUGCUGCUCCUGUUUGCCACGCAGAUCACUCUUGGAAUACUCAUCUCCACUCAGCGGAUGCGGCUGGAGCGGAGGGUGAAGGACAUCGUGAUGGAGACGAUCCAAAACUACCACUCGCGACCGGAGGAGUCGGCCGCGGAGGAGAGCUGGGACUACGUGCAGUUUCAGCUGCGCUGCUGCGGCUGGAACUCUCCCCGGGACUGGUUCGGUAUCCCCAGUCUCAGCAGCAACGCGUCGAACGUGCAUCGCGUGCCCUGCUCCUGCUAUAAUUCAUCGGCGACCAACGACUCCGCAAUCUUCGAGAAGCUCUCCUUCCCCCAGUUCAGCCGGCUCGGACCACAGGCGCGGCCCCGCCACAGCACAGACCUUUGCCGGGUUCCCGCAAACAGCAAUAUCUACAGCGAGGGCUGCGCGCAAAACCUCCAGAAGUGGUUGCACAACAACCUCAUCUCCAUAGUGGGCAUUUGUCUGGGCGUCGGUCUACUUGAGCUCAGCUUCAUGACGCUCUCGAUAUUCCUGUGCAGAAACAUGGACCAAGUCUACGACCGGCUUGCUCGGUACCGCUAGGCCCCACCCCUUCAAGUGCCCUAGGGGCUUCCCUGUGGUCUGUAAAUAUUUGUUCAAUCCCCAGUUCGCCCCAGCCAUUGAGUCCUCUACCUCCUCAUUUCCCCGGGGACCCAGAUAUCUGCCUGACCAGCUGCUGUCACCUCUCCCGCGGGACCUGGGGCUUCCGG